UUGAGAGUGUGAGACGGUGCGCCCUUCUCCCUUCCUCCCCCCAAAUCUUCCCCAAAACGGAAACCAAAACGGCGCGGCGAGCUCGCCGAGGCAAUCGCCGUCGAUGAAGCGUGCAAGCGCUAAUCCCGGCGGCGGGUUCCGCAGAGGAGGUGGAUCGGGGUGGGAGGGGCCUAACGGCGGCUGGAAAGGGAGAGCGCCGGCGCCGCCCGUGGUGAGGUGGUCGCACGCAGAGGCCAUGAAGAAGAAGCCUAAAAUCGGGGCCGAGGCGGCGGCGGCCGCGGCCGGAGAUGGAGGAGGCGACAGCAAGGUCGAGGGGGAAAUGUACGACUGGAGGUGGACGGAGGCGGUGAGCCCGGAGAUACUGGCGCUGGUCCUGCGGGGCAGGCUCCCCGCGGACGAGGUCGCGCGCGGCCCGGCGGCGGUGUGCAGGGCGUGGAGGGAGGCCGCCGCGUCGCCGGACAUGUGGGGCGACGUCGACGUCGAGGCCUGGUGCCGCCGCGUCAACAGCCGCGUCAAGGCCGACGCCGUCGUGCGCCGCGUUGUGGCUCGCGCGCAGGGCACGCUCCGGCGCCUCUCCGCCUACCGCGUCGGGGACGCCGCGCUUGCCUACCUCGCCUCCUCUGGGAAGUUGCUUAAUGUCCUACAGAUCCCGAUGAGUGAGAUAUCUGAUCAAGCUGUGGAGAAGUACGCUGAAUGCUUUCCUGCUCUAAGCGUGUUGGACAUCAGCAACUGCCUCAAAAUCACGUCGAGGGGCAUCGAAGCAAUAGGCCGACACUGCAAGUUGCUUGUUCAUCUGAAGAGGAACAUGCCUCCUCCACCGCCUCCUCAAGGCAACAAUGCAUCACCUAUUGUGGUUGAAGACGAGGCCUUGGCAGUUGCGAACACCAUGCCGAUGCUCAAACGACUAGAGCUUCCAUAUGGUUUGUUCAGUGAUAUUGGCCUUGAUGCUAUCCUCACCAAAUGUCCUCUGCUCUGUACACUCGACAUACUUGGCAGCUUGAACGUCAGGCUUGACGGUGACAUUGAGGACAGGUGCUGUGCUCUCGAGUCAUUCAGGGAGCCAUGGGAGCCUGAGUACGCCGAAUACUCGAGCAGUGGCGGUGAUUACGAGUAUGAUGACGCUGACAGCGAUGGUUGACUUUAUGUUCUAUACAAGAUUCAAAGCGUGCAACUACAGGUGUUUUGGGUUUAUCUGAUAAUUCGUACUAGUGGUGGCUGCACUACUAGCACUGCCCUUCACUUAUCCAUACCGAUAUUUAUACUACUGAAGAACUCAUGAUGUGGAGAAGCAAACUGCAAGCUUCCUUUUGUUUAAA